AUGAAUGUAUUGAAACAGAUACUUCCACCAAUAGAACAGCCAAAGCCGAAGCAAGCAGGCGAUGGAUUCGGCGAAGACGAUGGAAGUAAUACCGUCAUAUCUCCAUCCGAUGAAAAAAAUGGCUCAAUUGAUUCACAUAAUAGUGAGAAUGUCGAAGACUUUGAAAACCUUAUACAGUUCCUCCAUGGAACUUAUCCUAAAGAUUUGAUCCUUGAAAAGAUACGGACAAUUCCUGAUAAUUCCUUGAACCUUACCGAUGGAGAAAUCACAUACUUUAUCGAUAAAUUCAGUCAAUAUCAAACCAAUCUCAAUCAAUACCAACAACGAUUACAACCUAUAGAGACAGUUUUAACUACUUUGAACGACGAAUUGAGUAAGUUAUCGGAGAGUUUGAUAGAUUUACAUGCCAAAUCGACAGACUUGUCUAAGAAUCUUCAAAAUCACUCCAAUGUCAGUGAUAAAUUAAACCCUAUCAUUCUAGAUUUGAUAAUUCCUCCUGAUAUAGUGCAGUCUAUAAUGAACAGUCCGAUAAAUGAAGACUGGCUAGAGAAUUUAAGGUUCAUCAAUGAUAAAACUCAACUCAUUGAUUCCAUUGAAGAUGAAACUCUCGACCCACAACUAAUUGAAUUGUAUAAAGGUUCGAUUGCUUUCAAACAAUUGAAAGAUGGAUUACAUGUAUUGAUAGCCAAAGCUAUAGAGUCUAUACGUGAUCAUAUGAUCAAACAAAUCAAACUAUUAAGAUCAUCAAAUUCUCAAUCUUCCCAAGCACUUCAACAAAAAUUGUUACUUGUUAAAGAUAUAUGGCCAUUUUUAGAUAAAUACCAACCCAAGUUAGCUUCACAAUUGCAAUUGGCUUAUUUGUUUACUAUGAAAUGGUAUUACACUUCCAAAUUCUCCAAAUACUUGUAUGCUUUACAAAAACUCCAUAUACGAUAUGUUGACACCACCAUGGUAUUGAAUCAUAGCGAGGAGAAAGCAUAUUUUGCAUUGAAGAACUGGAUCCCUUCAUCUGUAGCCAGUUCUACCAGUCCAAAUCCCAAUUCGAAUGGAUUUCCUCAAACAAAAUUGACUUUCAAUGAAUAUCUUGGUUCUAUAGAUAAGAGAUUAGAAAUCUUAUCACAAAAUGAUCAUUCAAUGCCAGCACAAAUUGCCGAAACGACACCUUUUGGUUAUUGGAUAGAAUUUAUCUUCAACCAAUGGUUCCAAGCUUUGAUAGAUAAUGUCAUGGUAGAGUAUGUUUUCGUUGUAGAAUUCUUCUACCAGAGUGAUGAAAAAUUACAUUUAGUGGAGAUGCCUAAAAGUAUUGAUGAAAAAGAGCCCUUCAAGAAAGACUGGUCAUUGGUAGUGUUUGAAGAUAUUUAUAAAAUUGGUAAAGAUUUUGUUUCUUGGUUAAUAACUCAUCAACCAUUACUUUUCAACAAUAGAACCAUUUCCCAAUCAUAUAAUCGUUUACCGACGGGAAGUGCUGCUUCCACCACCAUUGGUAGUUGUGAUGCAUUCGGGGUAUUAUUGAUGAUCAGAAUGAUUCAAACCUAUUCUAAUCAAUUGCAUAAUAAAUUCCAUAUUCCUGUUUUAGAGGAUCAUAUAAAUUCGUUAUAUUUUGAACUUUGGCCUCAUUUCUCCAAGAUUAUUGAUUUAAACAGUGAGUCUUUGAAGAAAUCUAUCAUCAGAUUGACUAAUAACAACUUGGCUCCUACAAUCAUAACUCAACAAUAUGGACAGUAUUUAUCGGGAUUAUUGAAAUUAUGUAAUUCUGAGAAUAUCACUGGUGAACCAAUUGUUAAUUCUUUACUGAGGUUAAGGAACGAUUUCGAAAAUACAAUCACCAAGAUAACCAACCAGUUUAAGAAUCAAUCAGACAAAGAAAUCUUCUUAUUCAAUAAUUACUUCUUAAUAGUCAAUAUUUUGAAAAAUGAUAACGAUCAAGAGAAUGAUUUGGUACAAGAUAACAUAAAUCACUUUCAAUUACUUUGUGAUGCCUACAGGAAGUAG